GACGCUGGAAGACAUCAAGCUUCAUCUCUGGCACCGACUACGGCUCAUUUUUGGCAAACGGGUUCGGAGAUGGGAGAAAUGAAUGGCAUAAUAAACACACUGCUUCUCAGCCUGCCUUUCUGACGACGAGUUGAGUUCGCAGGAAGUAARGAAAUUGGAGGGAAUCAAGGAUGGAGAAAAUGGGAAAAGAGAAAAUGGCGAAGUAUUCGUCAGGAGGAAGCUGGCUGGACAAAGUCGAGAAGCAGAUCGAUGCAGUGAGGCGAGAGAGAGGGCUAAGGGAGGGUUGCAGCGAGGGCGCAAGGUCAUCGAAUCCCUCUCCAUCCUCGAGUAGCCGUAAUCCUAAGAAAUCCCUGCUUACAGAACGGCAGCCUCGGAGAAGGACAUCUUCACCCUUUGUGGAUGAUGGUUGUCAUGAGACCAGAAGGGGCAAAAUGAGAAAGCUGAGUGGGGAGUUUGAAAGGGUGCGGCAAAAGGAGAAGGGAACGGAGCAUGUCAGGGACGAACAUGGAGGAUCCGCAAGGCAUCGUGUCCCAACGACAAGGAAUGGGGUGAGUCAGAAGUCUAAAACGACAAGUCGAGGCACUCGCAAGGGGGGCUCUGUUGUCGAGGGCUUUCAGAAUGAUGAUGCAAAGCUCAUGAAAGAGUUUCGCAGGCGCACAAACCCUCGCCACGCAGCGCAUUCCUGUAGCAGCAGUAGUGAGAGUAGCGGCAGUUCGGUGUCCCGAUGUAGCACGGUGUCCCGGGAGUCUUCCACGUGGCUCAGUGACUCCGAUAGCAGAGAGUCUGGGAGCAGUAGUCAUUCGGACAGACCCUCCUGCGAAACCGACAAGUCACGGCCGCACAAAGGUACUUGCAAUGGGCAAAGACGACCGUUCCCCCCCACUAAGGAGGAGAGCAUGCCAAGUGUCGGACUGCAAUCUGGAUUGAGAUGUCGGGAACAGAACUCGAAGUGCGAUGAGCGGAUGGAAAAUCGACCACAGAGAUUGAGGCGCUUGACGAAUGACCUUGAGAGGCGUCAAUGCCGUUCGACUCUCAGUCUGAAGUCGCCAACCAUCAGUUUGCCCAGAGGUGGUGUGGCCAGUCGUUCCCCUAGGGAGGGACAAUCACCCAGGGAGACGAGGCCUGAUCGCUCMGGUAGAACGGAAUCGGUCUCCAAGGGUCCGGCCACCGCUUGCCAGUCGUUGUCGAGCACCUCCUCCUCCAGCAGCAGCGAUAAGGAGUACAACAAGGAGGCAGUGGUGAGGUCCCAUGUGAACAUCUAUCCUCGGCCACGAGCCGCGAUUCCUCGACACAGUAAGGGAGAAGUUGACCUGACCUCCUCCAUGUCAGUUUCGUCGACAGGGCGUCGUCUCGUCCGUGAAGAUGCGGACCUUGAUCUGAAAGCAAAAGCCAGGAAGGGGCAUCCUCAUGACAGUAUCAUGCGACGGGAGAAGGAUGGAAAACGUGCACACAUGGGGAUUUCUUACUCCUCUCCCAUGGAAAGGUCAACCAACAACAGUCAGUCCCUAGUGCAAUCAAGGAAGAAGAAAUCCCCCUCAGGAGUUUGGAUAGAUCUUAAUGACAGUGGUAGUUCGGCUGAGGCCUUUGUAGCCACUUUAGCUGCCAAUCAUGACAUUUCUGCAACCAAGUCAACUAUCGGUGCUGUUGCAACAGAGUCCGUUUCUGUCAUCGAUCUAACAGCUGCUGAUGUCAAAUCAUCUGCGGAUCAUCUGACUUGUCCUUCUGCUCCUGACGGUUUGGCUGGUUCUCUCACUGGUACUCCUGCUGAUCCUCCUGCUGAUCCUCCUGCCGAUCCUCCUGCUGCUAGUCCUUCUGCUAAUCCUGCUGGUCCUUGUGCUUGUCCUACCACUGGUCCUACCACUGGUCCUACCACUCGUUCUUCCGGUGGUCCUUCUGCUUGUCUUUCUACCGAUCCUUCUGCCAGUCCUGUUGUGGGUCCUGCCAGAGCUUCUGCCGGCGCUUCUAUUGGUGUUGGUGUUGGUCCUUUUGCUAGUCUAUCUGCUGGUUCUUUCAUCGGUACUCCCUCUGGUCCUCCGGUUGUUCGUUCUGCUGCUCCUUCAGCUGGUCUUCCUUCUCCUGUUCCUGCUGCUGGUCCUUCAGCUGGUCGUGCUGCUCAUUGCUCUGUUGGCCCUGCUGCUGGUCCUUCAGCUGGUCGUGCUGCUGAUUGCUCUGUUGACCCUUCUGCUGGCGGUACUGAUCCUACUAUUGUUUCUGCCGGUCCUUUUGCGGGUCCUUCUUCUGGUGCUUCUGUUGGUCCUCCUCCUGGCCCUUCCGCAGGUCCGUCUGCCGGUCCUUCUGCUUAUCCUUCUGCUGGUGUUCCUGAUGGUCCUUCUGCUGGCCCUGCUGCUCCGUCUGCUAGUCCUCCUCCUGAUGCUUCUACCGGUGUUGGCCCUUUGGGUAGUCAAUAUGCUGGUAAUCUUGCCAGUCAGUAUGGGUUUGGAAUUCAAAGCGGUCCUGACAAGACCGGGGACCCUUCACAUGGGGCAGCUGAUGUUGUUAUGUCUCCGAGGACCAGUGGUAUCUGUGACCCAGACAUAGUAGUUCCUGCUGCCAAGCCAGCUGUGAUUGAAGAAAGGAUUCCACAGGAUGGCAAUGCUUGCUGCAAUUACGAUCUCGCUCGCUCGUCUGCAAGUCCUUUUGCCCGGUUCAACCUCUCAGACAGCACACUGGAGGCUGUGGACACCCAUAUUGGUGAUAUUGAAGGGGAUGGACGACAGUCCAGUAAGCAUCCGACGGUUGAGGAUGUUGAGGAUGCGGCUGCAGAUGAUGCCUCGAGCUGUAAGAGAGAAAUACGAAGUCGCUCUGCAGGAUCACUUGAACAGAAUCCAGGGAGGGAUUUGCUGAGCAAGGUCGUUUUUGAUGUCGGACCUGCUUCUGAUGCACGAGGAACCAACUGUUAUCAUGGUGAUGGCCGCUUGGAUGAAAGGGUUGAAGAACAUAGACGGCAUAAGGAAGAACCAACUGGUCUUGGCACUCCGUUAACAAAAAACCCAACUAGGAGUGAAGAUCGCCAAGUGGGCUGGAAAGGAGGUGAUGGAUGCUGUGAGCCUCGUUCCUCCCAUGCGCUUUCUCCUCCGAGUGAGCAACAUGAUCUGCCAGCGGGUCCUCUUUGUCGGAACAGCGCGGGCAGUGGUGCUGAUCUGCACUGUCCAGUGGUGACUAGCCAGUCCUGCAUGUGUGACGCACAGGAUAGCGGCUUGGCUUCCUCGCGUGUUGGAUGUUUUCACACAGCCAGUGGUUGGAAAAGACGGCAAUGUGAAAGUGAAAACUCUGAGCAAGGAUUCCCUGUCUUCCCGAAGUUACCAGAAUAUCUCCGAGGGCCAUCUAGUUGGACUUGUGUUGGCAUUGCGAACCCAUCCUCUUUGCAGCUUCAGCAUGGAAUACCGUCGUCUACAGGGAUGCAGGAUGAAGAUGACCGACCUGCAAACCAACCCCUUGAAGCAGAAGACGGAAGAGAAGUACGCAGACGGCUUUGGGAACAGCCAGCUGUAGAGACGAGGUAUUCAGAGGUAGGAGACGGAGGCCAUGCCCAUCUCUGGCGAGGUACGAGUGACCCGUCUGUUGACGGAGAGGCUGAGCACAGGGAUGACAUUGUUCAGGAAAUGGCAGUGGAGUCUUUGGAUGCAGGAGACACAAAUCAUUGUGAAGCUGGACGACCUCCACGAGACCCGACACCCUUGCCUGAAGACGUCGGAAGAUGCGGCAGUGAUGGUCAUUGCACCUUAUCAAAGAAGAACAGCCCGACCAGUGAAGAUGCUGAACAACAUGCCUAUUCUGGCAAUUGCAUACCUAUUCCCUUUGCAGGAGCAUCUGAGCAGGGGGCAGAUGUUUCUCCCGGUGCAGAAGUGGAGUCGUUAGGUGGAGGGAGGGAGGGAGGCAACGAGUCAGAACUGGCAGUGGGAGAAGCAGCACUGAUUCCUGACCAUCCAGCGAUCCAUUCCAAGGGGAAACCUGAAGACCAUCUCCUCACUCCGGUUGGUCGACAAGAGGAGAGAAGACUCUGGGGAGAGCAAGCAUCAGAGACAAGGAACCUGGUGAACAAUGAAGAUGAUGGUGGCAUAUCAAAUGGUACAAGCGAUGUCUUCUCUGAAAGAGAAGCUGAUCAAGGGGUCGUUGGGUGCCCCAUCCCGGAAUCCGAAUGUGCCAUCACGGCAGAGAAGACAGGAAAAGAGAAGGUGGAUUCUACUCCAGGAGCAUCAACACCGGAGCAGGAUAGUUCAACAUCGAGUCCGGGAAAAGGUUAUCAGUGCAUGAUCUGCUUGCUGACGACCAAGGAUGCCGAAGAGAAGGGGUUACUCCCAUGUGCGGACAUGCUGAAGAUGGAGCUGGAGCAAUGGCUAUGCAGGUCAAUCCUUUUUGCCCGAUAUGCAGAUCAUUGUUCGAUAUCAUCACAAAGAGACGGCUGUGUUCCGAAGACGAGGCGGUUAUACCGUUGCCGAAGCGCAAGAAGCUUGAGUUUGGCUCAUCUUCGCAUAAUACAAAUGCGAUCAACAUCCUCGACGAUUGCUGAAGAUAGAACAAGAAUGGCGGCUAUGGAGGCAUAUGCGCAAGCAUUCCAGACCAUCGGAAGAGGAGGAAAUCAAGUUGGCCAACAGAUGGCGAGCAGCCGCAAGGCUGUUUCAGGGAAGAGUUCAAGGUACGGGCAUGGUGGUGUUAGCUGUUCCCCUCAGUUCCACCGAAAUGGGCAAGGGAGACUUGCACAUAAUGGCUCCGGUUCAGCUUUUCCCAUUCCAGCAGGGGGCAUAGAUCCUGCAUUUGCCUGGAGCAUUCUAAAUAGCAACACGGACUCGGUUACCCACACCUCAGCGAGAAGCAAACGCCCUCAGCAGCCUGCUUGGAAUAGGACGGGGAUGUUCCCCUCCCAUAGUUUGAUUGGUUUCUGGCAGCGAGCUCAGGCAAGGGAAACGGUUGCAAACCAAGGUGCCGAGGCUCAGGCGGAAGGAUUCGUGCAAGCUACCCGGCGCCACCAACAGGCUCAACCUGACGCGGAGCUGGUUUCAACGAGGCCUGUGACGGCGAAUAUGACAUGCAGUUCAGCAGAGCCUCGGUACGGUCACGAAGAGGGGUUACGUCAGGGCGGGGGAGGGGUAACCACGUGGCACACUGCUCAAGAGGACGCUUGGUCAGGUGAGCGGCGCUCUGUGAGCGUCGCGAAUCAAAGAGAUGUGUGCGUGGAUGACGCGCAGGUGUCUUUCCGGCAUCUAGAGCAGUGUAAAUCGAAGGAAGAUAGCCGGUUGACUGAGGCAUGCUGUGUACGAGAGCCAGACAGUAACAAGCUAUGCCAACCAGAUGUCGAGCAACAGCCUCAAAGAAGUCCGGCAGCAGACAUGGGGGGACAACAGUCCCACCGGGAACUUAGCCUCCUCCAAACGCAGCAACAGCAAGUGGGAUCAGGAAAAGAGGAAGGGCGGAAUUCUGGCCUCGAACACGUGUCAGAGCUCCAUGACCCACCUUAUCAGGGCCCUGAGCCGCAGGUAAAAGACCCACUGUGCAGGAUAUUUACCCCAGAGCAAAUACCGUCAGGAGGUAAUAGGUCGGCUCGACGAGCACGAGACCAUUUGUUAACACCCGAUGCAGAACGAGAGCAAGACUGUAACAUACGAGGACGGCAUGCCUGGCAGACCGGAUCAGAAACAGAAGAAGGAAAGAGUCAGCAAGAUAGUUACGGUGGGCCAUGCCAACGGGUUCCUGAUCCAGAGGAGCUUGGGAUUGGGAUGCCUUAUGAGGAACUGGGGGCCUGCAACCGGUACCGGCAGGAUCACACGGGGUGCGGAUUACCAGGCACUGAACCAGAGGUAGCAUGGCCAGUUGGUUCGGAUGGGCAAGAAGGACACAGUGUAGCUGAGCAAGAAGGCCCUAGUCGAGAGGGAUCGGUUGGUUUUCCGGACGUGUCCAUAGGGUUUGCCAACGAGGAGAGAUGGGAGUCUGCCCGGAUUGCGAUGAGGAGGGGACACGAGGACAGACCCGUAAGAGGGUGCCGUUCUGCUCCACCCGCUCCACCCAAAGGCGCCCAGACUGCUGCUAUUUAUGAUGGCCAGGUGCCAUCUCCUGAUAAGGAAACACUCAGAGCACCCCUUCAAAGCCUAACGGAGAAUAUGCGAAGCGUCGGUCCCAAACAGCCCACUUUGUGCAUGGACCCAAAGACUUCCCAGUGCCGGGACGCCGUCCAUGCUGACACAAGUCGAGUACAGCAGACAGCUCAAAGGUACAUUGUGGAACUUGGUGAGAACGUUUCGUUUGUCGGCUCACAAAGUCGAGAGGGGACUCCACAGCGCAGCGUUAGUGGCGCAACACCGAGAGAAGCAGAGUCAGCGCUGACAGUGAUGAUGGAAAACAGAAAGAAUUGCAGCAACCACCCGUCACAACAGCGGAAAUGCGGUCGCGGUCGGGCCAGUGGUAAAGCGGCGGCGGCGAGCACGGCCAGAACUAGUAAACAGAAAGCUGCCAAGGUUAGUGAUGAAGGAGGGAAACUAAAGCAAGCGAAGCUAUGGGAUUGCUUCAAGAAAUGCAAAUAACAUCAGAGCGAACCAACAGAUAUACUCGCAGUUUGCUCUCAUUAAUCAUAUGGAAGACCGUACAUCCACGAAUGCGAAGUCAAGAAGAGAAGCCCGAGACUUGAGGACCCGGAUUGUUGGCGAAUGAUUAGUAUUGAUCACAUACGAGUCAAAGAAGGAAAUAAAACAUGCGUUGGCCCUGACGUCAAUACUGAGCUGGAAACUUGAGAAUCCAGGUGCAAGUCAAGAAGGCAGACUGUAGAUGCUCUCAUAUGUACAAAGCGAAGAAGAGGAUCAAAAUUUGUAGCGACAUUGCAAAGGGAAUG